CCGGAAGUGAGCGGCGUGAGACUGCAGUUUGACGUUCGGCUGAGACGUUGACCGGUUUGAGUUCUCUACCAGCAGUAUUAAAACUGAGAUUGAAGAUGGUGGACUCCCAGUACUACCUCCCAAAUGACAUUGGCAUCUCUGCACUUGACUGCGGUGAGGCCUUUCGUUUGCUGUCACCUCGGGAGAAGAUGUAUGCCCACUAUCUGUCACGUGCUGCUUGGUAUGGUGGUCUGGCAGUGCUUCUGCAGACAUCUCCAGAGUCUGCAAGCGUCUUUGUCCUGCUUCAGCGGAUCUUCAGGAAGCAGACGCCAGCACAGCUUGAAAAGGUCGCCACAACAGCUGGACUCAGCUCCGAGGAGUACCAGGCCUUUCUGGUGUAUGCAGCAGGCCUGUAUGCAAACAUGGGAAACUACAAGUCUUUUGGAGAUACCAAAUUCAUUCCAAAUCUACCAAAGGACAAACUGGAAGCUUUGGUGAAGGCCAGUCAGGCGUUUCAGGACCAGCCUGAGAUGGCAGCUCUUUGGGACAGCUGCUCAUAUCUGCUCUACUCCCUGGAAGACAGACAGAAACAGCUGGGCCUGGGGGACAAGGGAAUUACCACUUAUUUCUCAGGAAACUGCUGCCUGGAGGAUGCUGAGCUAGCUCAGAGGUUCCUUGACUCAAAGAAACUUUCUGCCUACAACACGCGUCUGUUCAAGAGGGAUAAUGGAGGGAAAGCCUGCUACGAGGUGCGCUUGGCUUCAGCUGUGAAGAAAGAUUGUGCAGUGGACGGGGAGUGUGAGUCGUCCUGUGGCACCUUCAGCUUUGAAGACAGAGAGUUUGUAGUGAAACGAGGAGACUAUUGUCCUCUCAUGGAGAAAGUUUCUUCCUACCUCAAACAAGCACAGGCUUAUGCUGCCAAUGAAAACCAGAAGAAGAUGUUGGAGGAGUAUGUACGCAGCUUCACUUUGGGCUCUGUUGAAGCCCACAAAGAAGGCUCACGUUAUUGGAUCAAAGACAAAGUGCCAAUUGUUGAGAGUUAUAUAGGUUUCAUAGAGAGCUACAGAGAUCCCUUUGGUUCCAGGGGAGAGUUUGAAGGUUUUGUUGCGGUUGUGAACAAGGCGAUGAGCGAGCGUUUUGCUAAGCUGGUGAGUUCAGCGGAAGUGUUGCUCCCCGAGCUGCCGUGGCCCCGGGAGUUUGAGAAGGACACCUUCCUCAAGCCGGACUUCACCUCCCUGGAUGUCCUCACGUUUGCCGGGAGUGGAAUUCCAGCUGGCAUCAACAUUCCUAACUAUGAUGACAUUAGACAGUCUGAGGGUUUUAAAAAUGUGUCGCUAGGCAACGUGCUGGCUGUAGCCUAUGCUACAACAAAAGAGAAGCUCACCUUCCUGGAAGAGGAAGAUAAGGAUUUGUUUAUUAAGUGGAAAGGUCCAUCCUUCGAAGUCCAAGUUGGACUUCAUGAGCUGUUGGGCCACGGGAGUGGGAAGCUGUUUGUCCAGGAUGACAAGGGCAAGUUCAACUUUGACCAGAGUAAAGUCAUCAACCCAGAGAACGGGGAACCGGUGUCCAGUUGGUACCGGGGCAGUGAGACAUGGGACAGUAAAUUCUCCACCAUUGCCUCUUCUUAUGAAGAGUGUCGUGCUGAAUGUGUUGGACUCUAUCUGUGUCUCAACAAGCAAGCGCUCAGUAUUUUUGGCCAUGAUGAGCAGGAUGCAGAGGACGUGGUCUAUAUCAACUGGCUGAGCAUGGUGAGAGCGGGGCUGCUCGGCCUGGAGUUCUACACACCUGAGAGCAAGAGCUGGAGACAGGCUCACAUGCAGGCUCGUUUCGUGAUCCUGCGUGUUCUGCUGGAGGCCGGGGAGGGCCUGGUCGGCCUCCAGGAAGUGACAGGGAAAGAUGGAAAGCCUGACGCGAGGAUCACACUGGACCGGAGCAAGAUACGCACCGUGGGCAAGAACGCCAUCCACAGGUUCCUCUGCAAGCUGCAGAUCUUAAAGUCCACAGCAGACGUGGAAGGAGGCAGAGCUCUCUACGACUGUUACUCCACCGUCAGCGACAGCGGGGAACACAACUUCCUGCGUCUGCGGGAGACGGUGCUGCUGAGGAAGGAGGCUCGCAAGAUGUUUGUUCAGGCUAACACACAAAUCAGUGGGGAGAGCGUAGAACUGUCAGAAUAUGAAGGCAGCGCAGCAGGAUUGAUUCUCUCCUUCAUCGAGCGUUUCCAAGACGAUGCAGAUCAACUUGAGGCUGAUCUCUUGGAUCUGAGCAAAAGAGAUGCAAUCUGCUGGUGUUGAUGGAAGGAAUCCACUCCAAAGAUUUACCAAAUACCAACUGCUGUGAUGUUUCUUUUUCCUUUCUAAUUUUUGUAAUUAAAAAAAUAAAUAAAAUCUACAAAUCCAGUGGGAAGAUGAUCCUAGUGAAGACACAAGACGAGAAGAGAUCUUUAACAGGUGCACUUUUCCCACCAACUUAAAAACUGUGCAGGUUCAGCAGGUCUAUAUGAUGACGGGUUCAGACAAAUAGAUUAUUAAUGCAACACCAUAUUUUUUUUUAGAAACACUUGGAAGCUAAUUUUUCUAAUUAAAAUAAAUAUCAAUUAAAUUGACACUUUUACUAUGUCAUUUUUAAUUUUCAGGUUGCAUUAACAACUGGCUCCACACAUCUAUGCAUUUUUUUUCAUUAUGACAAUUUGUCAAGCUGUGGUUAAAAAUAUAAAGUAAAAUGUUCGCUCUCCUUGUGUUUAGACCGUCAACUGGUUGCAAUGGCAGUUUUUUUCUUUUAGUUUAUUUUUCAGCAGACUUGGUAUACACAGGCCAUGCAGUGCGUCUGCUGCCUCGUAAACUCUUUGUAAGAAAAUGUGGUGGUAAAGGAACACAAAUAAAAUGUGUUUGAUAUGA